AUGAAGGACGAGCUCGAAACGCUCGUCGGCAAGCAAGGCUCCCAGUAUUGGGCUCGCCUCAUCAGUUACAUUGAGAAGGAGAAUCCAGGGUGGGUGCGCGGCUCCAACGCGGUGCAGAAGCAGUGGCGCAAUCUUGUCUGCAUCUACAAGCAGCUCAAGAAAGGGGAGAAUGCGUCCGGCAAGGGCACGGUGUUCAAGCCGCUAUGGUUCCAGUACAUGGAGCUCUAUCAGCCCAACCGUGCCGUCGCCAACCCGCACGCCAUGGACGGCGGAGGUGCGACACAUGUCAAUGUCCCUUGCGGUUUCGUGGUGCCAUCUACAUUUGCACUGUGCACGUCCACGCCAACGUUCUCGGCCCCUCCUCCGCAGACUGCGCCUCCUUCCAAGCGCCCGCAGGUUGCGGAGACUGCCACCAUGGCGGCCGCCAAGCUUGUCUGUGAGACAAUCAAGGGGUGCCACACGGACGCAAUGAACAAGCUCAAAGGCCUCGUGCGCGUCUGGAUGUAG